GGAAGUCAUCCUUGCUCACGCUCACCGGCUUUUUGCCUCUGGAAUUAAGUUUCUGGUGACGGAAGAUGCUCCUUUACGCAUAAAUCUUGUGGCACGAAAUCUUGACGUAAAGCAGUUUGCAGGUGAAUGUUGCGUUGAGUUCAGUAUUUGUACUGUAUACAUGUUUUCUGUAUACAUGCGCAUGCCUCAUACAAGUAAGGUACAGUGUAAUGCUAGCAGACUGGCUACAUACGGGAAGUGGUGAGAAAGGGCAGCAUGUCACAAUCAAUCUAAAUAUAUGGCGCCCUUUGCAUAUCCGUGGCUUUUCUUCCUGUUGGUAUCCCCUACCGCCCGUAAUCUCUUUAUUGAGCGCGCACGGGAGGCGCAGCUUGAAUGCGUGUAAUCAUGACAUUCCUAGUAUAUCCACGCUCAACCAGCAUCGACUAUUUUGGCACUUUGUGAGAGCCAAAGUGCUUCAUAAUGCAAUAGAACGAAAGGCACUCCGUAUUGGGAAAACGGGAUUUGGCAUCUCAGUCAUGGCAUGGCAUCACGUGGCGCUCUCCGUAGAUCGUCUUGCUUUGUAUCCGCCCAAUCUGCACAGCCCCAAAAGGCUCAAAAGCUCCCCCCACGAAACAAACCCCGAGAAACACACACACGGGGCUUGCUUUUCCGUCUCUGGAAGCUGUCUCUGCCUAGCUCGAUGACUACCAGAAGGAGGCUGCGCCGAUCGACCCACAGAAGGCGCUGGAUGAAGGGUUUCUGCGAGUAGAGGUAUUCACUUUUGAGAAUAAU